GCUGGCGAAGCUCUGCUCCAGUUGCGUGGACAAAGCGUUGGUGUGCCUAGAAGAAGACAUCUCCAAGCAGGAGGCGCGGCUGUGCGGGCUGCAGCUGUUUGUUGGAACCCUACAGCAGAUGAAGGUUGGUCCCGAGGAGCCUGCAAAGCUGCGCCAACGGGCUGUGGCUCUGUGCGGCAAAAUGCUUUCGAAGCGAUUCCAGAGCAAGGCGUUUUGUCUUUGCUGCGAACUGUUUUGGCUGCCACAGCCCGAGCUCCAGGAUCCUGACAAUGGACUACUUUGCUUGAGAAGGGCUUUGCAAAGUGCCGACAGAGCCAUACACUCAGAUCCCUCCGAUGUGGGGCUUUUUGUGGAUAUCUUGAACGAGGUGGCACGGCUCUUCGCAAAGGGUGCUGGCCAGGUCUCUCCUGCCGUGCUCAGCAAAACUGUCGGUCUUUGUGUUCAACAUAUCAGGUAUAUCGGGAGCCGCGUGCCGGUGGAGUCGAUGCGGGCGCUGCAUGCGAUUCUUGCAGACCUGGCUGCGAAGCAGGUGGACUCGGUAGAGGCCGUCAUGGCCGGCGACGCCAAUGUUUCCUACCUGGAAGUGGAUCUCCGCCCGGCGGAGCAGCUCACUACCUUGCAGUCCUUGCCAGACGUCAAAGCAUGA